AUGAAUGAUAAUUUUGCCGCUUCACAACAAAUUGGAAAGCUAGUUAACCAUUUCUCCCCUAACAAUGAAAAAUUACUAGCAGAUUCAAUUGAUAUUAUGAGAAAUUAUACAAAUAUUCCAACAAUUUUCCAAAAAACAGCGUAUCAAACUAAAUGGAUCAAAAAGCUAAACGAAACAGGCAAGAUUCAGGAUAUCACAAAGCUUCAAAGAGCAAUUUCAAAAAUAUCUAAAUCGAGCAAACAUCCAGAAAUUUUAUUCGCAUUUUUUGAUAAUAUUAUAACAGAAAAAGCCGAUGGUGUUCCAAAAUUGAUAUAUUCCGAACUAGAACCUACAUAUAAAACCGAAACGAAUGAAAUUCCGAGAGAUUUUCUAUUUGUUUUGCAGGGGUUUGAUAGCGAUACAUUUAAAUGGAAUCACAAAGCGGAUAAAUUUAUAUACACACUACAAGUUCCACAAAAUUUUGUUUACAUUACUAAGAAAGUUAGUGAAAUUGGUUGUAUUUUAAGAUUUUUACGAACUUUUGAACAAAAAAUGAGUAGUUUGAUCUUUCAAAAUGCGUACAAUUAUGUUAAAGAACUAAUUACUAUGCACUGCUCUAACGUUGUAUCAUUAAAUAGCAAAAUUGAAAAAUUAUCAACAAUUGAGUUUUUAAAGUUCCUUAAAAAUCCACUUAUUGACAAACUUAGGGCUGCAGCAAUUAUAUGCAAUACAACAUUUGGCUUAAAAGGCGGAUACUAUUACAAUAAAUUGCAUUCUCUUUGUAACCAUGGCGAUUUAGAGAUAAAAACAGUUGCUCAAGAAAUGACGAAUCUUUCUUUUAAGAUGAUUGAAGAAAUGGUCAGAGAAUGGAUAUCUCGAGGCGAAAUCAUUGAUCAAUAUGAAGAAUUUUUCAUUAAAAAGAACCCAGACGUGCAUGUUUGCAGUGAAUGGUGGGAAAGACAAUAUUCAUUGAUAACGGCAGAGGCUCCUCUAUGCUUUAACAGUACUCAAGUUCAACAAAUUUUUGAUACCGGAAAAAUUUUAAACUUUUUACGAAGAUGGUAUCAUCUUGUUGAUUUAAACGUCGAUGAGUCAUUAAAACUGAACGAAUACAUUGACAAAUGCUCAGAAAAAGCGGAAAAGAUAAUUAUUGAUAUUAUGCAUGAAAAGAAAUUAAAUCAAAACUUGCAUCAUAUAUAUUCUUAUCUUUUACUUGGCCGUGGUGACUUUGCAAACAGCUUUAUGGCAAUUGAUGAUGAUGCAAAACAUAUCCAACUUAAUAGAAUCGCAUAUGAAGUUGCAAGACAACCAAUAGAAGGAUUUGACUUCAUUAUUAGAGAUCAGAGUUGGGCUUUUUCAUAUUAUGUCAAUCCACCACUUUCAUUGUUAUUAAAUUCAAAAGUUAUGUCUGUUUACAAAUCAGUAUCAUCACGGUUGCUUCAUUUGAAGAGAACAGAGUACAAAUUACUUCGUUGCAGGGAAGAAUUCAAAAACGAAAAAGAAUAUUGCACUACAGUUUUUCAGAUGAUCCAUUUUAUUAACUUUAUCUCAGAUUUCUUUCACCAGGAAGUUAUCCAAAAGAGCUUUGACAAGCUAGAGAAGUCACUAUCCAAAGCUAAGAAAAUUAGUGAAAUGAUGGGAUACAUUGAGAAGCAUUGCGCUGAAAUUGCUCGCGGAUGCUGGGUAUCAAACAGUGGCAAGAACUGUUCUACAGCAUUAAAUAAAGUCUUAGUGUCAAUUGAAGCUGUUACAGAUACAGAUAAAACACUUGAGCAAUGUGUUUCAGAGUUCUCUAACGCUAUUAUUGAUUUCAAAGCUCAAGCAUUGCAAAGUAAGACAGGAGCUUCGGAGCUUGUUCGUCCUUUAUCAAGGAUCUUUUCAAAUUUCUUGAUCGAAUAA